AUGUUGUCCAUUGUCAGCCUUGCCGUCCUCGCCAGUACGGCUCUCGCCAAACCCAUCAUGCUCCCCACUUACAACGCCUCGGAGAUCUUUGGAGGCAAAGGAAUGCGACCCAGUUACAACUACACCGGGCUUCCUCCUCAUGAGCAAGGUUUCCAACAAGGUGCCUAUGGACCGGCUGCCCAUCCUCUGGAGGCUCGACAGGGAGCAUCUGGCUGGGGAUCCAACGGUGCGGGAGGUUGUUCAGUCUCUCGCGAACUGGCCACCAACCCGACUAACGCUGCAUCUGGCGAUGGUGACCCUCACCAGAACUACUGGCACGUCCAGCUCAGCGAACCUAUCAGCUGUGGAGGCGGUGGAUGCUCAGUCGACGAGACGCAGACCAAGUCUUUGACCAUCGGCUUCUCUAUCGGAACGAACAGUAACUUCAAACCUGGUGGUAACGCCGUCUGGUUCCAGCCAUCAUUCUCAGUACAAGAGCAAUGGCAAACUGGUAACCAAUACCAAUGUGAUGGUAACCCAAACGGACGAGUCGCUAUCUGGCAGAACGUUGCCCACACGGCAUACAGUGUAGCCAACACUCCUUCCGGUAACUGUGGAGAAUCGAACAGCGACUACGACACUUACGUCAACAUCUACCGAGCCCCAAAUCAGCAGAACCAGGGAGGUGGAUUCUACUGCGUCCGAGAUGAUGGAUCUGGCUACGUCCGCAACCAAGGUGACGGAUACUGGGAGGGAGGAUGUGCCGGUGGCCCUCAGCCCUACUGCGGAAACGGUCAAUCUCCUUAG